AUGCUGGGCAAAUCUGCCUACGGUGCUAGUGGAGAUAUGCAACUCUGUUCUGAUCAAGAGGAUGAUGAUGAUGGCCACUUACUAGCCUUACAGAUCAUAAGAGAUUUGGUAGAUAAAGGUGGUGACCUUUUCUUGGACCAGCUUGCUAGACUUGGAGUAAUAAGUAAAGUGUCAACUUUGGCAGGACCAUCUUCUGAUGAUGAAAAUGAAGAAGAAUCUAAACCAGAGAAAGAAGAUGAACCUCAAGAAGAUGCCAAAGAAUUGCAACAGGGAAAACCGUAUCACUGGAGAGACUGGUCAAUCAUUAGGGGAAGGGAUUGCUUGUAUAUUUGGAGUGAUGCUGCAGCCUUGGAACUUUCAAAUGGUAGCAAUGGAUGGUUCAGAUUUAUCUUGGAUGGAAAGCUAGCUACAAUGUAUUCCAGUGGGAGUCCUGAAGGAGGAUCUGAUAGUUCAGAAAGUCGAAGUGAAUUUUUAGAGAAGUUACAGAGAGCUCGAAGCCAAGUGAAACCAUCCACAACCAGCCAGCCAAUUUUAUCAGCCCCAGGACCUGCUAAACUCACAGUUGGGAAUUGGUCUCUCACAUGUCUAAAAGAGGGAGAAAUUGCCAUUCACAAUUCAGAUGGUCAGCAAGCUACAAUAUUAAAAGAAGAUCUGCCAGGUUUUGUUUUUGAGUCCAAUAGAGGAACCAAACAUUCAUUUACUGCUGAAACCUCUUUGGGCUCAGAAUUUGUGACUGGUUGGACUGGCAAAAGGGGCAGAAAGCUAAAAUCCAAAUUGGAAAAAACAAAACAAAAGGUACGUACCAUGGCAAGAGACCUGUAUGAUGACCACUUUAAAGCUGUUGAAAGCAUGCCUAGAGGUGUAGUGGUAACACUGAGGAACAUAGCAACACAAUUAGAGUCUGCAUGGGAGCUCCAUACAAAUAGACAGUUCAUUGAGGGAGAAAACACUUGGCGAGAUCUAAUGAAGACUGCUCUGGAAAAUUUAAUUGUCCUACUGAAGGAUGAAAACACAAUAUCGCCAUAUGAAAUGUGCAGUAGUGGCUUGGUACAGGCACUUCUUACUGUAUUGAAUAAUAAUGUGGAUUUUGAUGUGAAACAAGAUUGCAGUCAGUUAGUGGAAAGAAUAAAUGUUUUCAAAACAGCUUUCAGUGAAAAUGAAGAUGAUGAAAGUCGUCCAGCAAUUGCAUUAAUUCGGAAAUUGAUAGCAGUAUUAGAAUCCAUUGAACGUCUACCUCUACACUUGUAUGAUACACCAGGAUCGGCAUACAACCUGCAGGCAUCUGUCAUCCAAAGAUAUGCAUUUCGUCAAUGUAUAUUCAAUGGUUCCAGUGGAGAUACACGAGAGAUAUUAACAAGACGAUUACGGUUUCGCUUGGAGCGUGCUUCUGGGGAGACAGCUUUGAUUGACAGAACAGGUCGCAUGUUGAAAAUGGAGCCUUUGGCAACUGUAGAAUCUUUAGAACAAUACCUCCUAAAAAUGGUGGCAAAGCAGUGGUAUGACUUUGACAGAGCAUCAUUUGUUUUUGUACGAAAACUACGUGAAGGCCAGACAUUUAUUUUCAGACACCAACAUGAUUUUGAUGAAAAUGGAAUUAUUUAUUGGAUUGGAACAAAUGCAAAAACAGCAUAUGAGUGGGUAAAUCCAGCUGCUUAUGGGCUAGUGGUAGUUACAUCUUCAGAAGGAAGAAAUCUGCCAUAUGGUCGUUUGGAAGACAUCUUAAGCCGUGACAGUUCUGCUCUAAAUUGUCAUACUAAUGAUGAUAAAAAUGCAUGGUUUGCUAUAGACCUUGGUCUUUGGGUUAUACCAUCAGCUUAUACAUUACGCCAUGCUCGUGGCUAUGGACGGUCUGCUCUGAGAAAUUGGGUUUUUCAGGUAUCCAAGGAUGGACAGAACUGGACUACUCUGUAUACGCAUGUAGAUGACUGCAGUCUGACUGAACCAGGGUCAACAUCAACAUGGCCACUAGACCCGCCAAAGGAUGAGAAGCAAGGCUGGAGACAUGUACGAAUUAAACAAAUGGGAAAGAAUGCCAGCGGGCAAACACACUACCUUUCUCUGUCUGGAUUUGAACUUUAUGGCACUGUGAAUGGUGUAUGUGAAGAUCAGUUAGGAAAAGCAGCUAAAGAAGCAGAGGCUAAUCUACGAAGGCAAAGAAGACUGGUUCGUUCUCAGGUUUUGAAAUACAUGGUUCCAGGUGCUCGUGUCAUCAGAGGAAUUGAUUGGAAAUGGAGAGAUCAAGAUGGUAGUCCACAGGGAGAAGGCACUGUUACAGGCGAAUUACACAAUGGCUGGAUUGAUGUCACCUGGGAUGCUGGUGGCUCUAACUCUUACCGUAUGGGCGCAGAAGGAAAAUUUGACCUCAAGCUUGCCCCAGGGUACGACCCUGAUUCAGCGGCAUCACCCAAACCUGUUUCAUCCACUGUUUCAGGCACAACGCAGUCAUGGAGCAGCUUGGUGAAAAACAACUGUCCAGACAAGAUGACUGCUGCUGCAGGCUCUUCAAGUAGAAAAGGAAGUAGCAGUUCUGUGUGUAGCGUGGCCAGUAGCAGCGACAUCAGCUUGGGGUCGACCAAAAUGGAGCGGAGAUCUGAAAAUGUAAUGGAACAAAAUAUAGUUUCAGGCACUGACAUCCAUGAGCCAAUUGUUGUACUUUCCUCUGCUGAUAGCAUGCCUCAAACUGAAGUAGGGUCGGCAUCCAGUGCAAGUACCAGCACCUUAACAGCAGAUGUGGGAAACGAAAAUGUUGAAAGAAAGCUAGGACCUGACAACUCCAUACGUGCAACUGGGGAGUCCAAUGCUAUAUCCAUGGGAAUUGUUAGUGUGAGCUCUCCAGAUGUUAGUUCGGUAUCUGAACUAACUAAUAAAGAAGCCACUUCCCAGAGACCCCUUAGUUCAUCAGCAAGUAACAGACUUUCAGUGAGUUCACUUCUGGCUGCUGGAGCUCCAAUGAGUUCUAGUGCAAGUGUUCCUAACUUAUCGUCACGAGAAACCUCUAGUUUGGAAUCCUUUGUCCGAAGAGUGGCGAACAUAGCUCGCACCAAUGCUACUAACAACAUGAAUUUGAGCCGAAGUAGCAGUGAUAACAACACUAAUACAUUGGGAAGAAAUGUCAUGAGCACUGCAACUUCUCCUCUAAUGGGUGCCCAAAGUUUUCCUAAUCUGACUACAACUGGUACCACAUCAACUGUGACCAUGUCUACAUCCAGUGUUACUAGCAGCAGCAAUGUAGCCACAGCAACUACAGUUUUAUCUGUUGGUCAGUCACUUAGUAACACUCUAACUACUAGCCUAACAUCAACAUCUAGUGAGAGCGAUACAGGUCAGGAAGCAGAAUAUUCUUUAUAUGAUUUUCUUGAUAGCUGUCGGGCUAGUACUCUCUUGGCAGAGUUAGAUGAUGAUGAAGACCUACCUGAGCCAGAUGAGGAAGAUGAUGAAAAUGAAGAUGACAAUCAAGAAGAUCAAGAAUAUGAAGAAGUUAUGGAAGAAGAAGAGUAUGAAACAAAAGGAGGUCGUAGAAGAACAUGGGAUGAUGAUUAUGUCCUCAAGCGGCAAUUUUCUGCUUUAGUUCCUGCCUUUGAUCCUAGACCUGGCCGUACUAAUGUCCAGCAGACCACUGAUCUUGAAAUUCCUCCACCAGGAACACCUCAUUCAGAACUUCUGGAAGAAGUUGAGUGUACGCCAUCACCACGUUUAGCACUUACCUUGAAAGUUACAGGCCUUGGUACAUCUCGUGAAGUUGAACUACCGCUAACAAAUUUCCGAUCCACAAUCUUUUAUUAUGUACAAAAAUUAUUACAACUUUCCUGCAAUGGCAAUGUGAAGUCUGACAAACUUAGACGAAUUUGGGAACCAACAUACACAAUUGUGUACAGAGAAAUGAAGGAUUCUGAUAAAGAGAAAGAUAAUGGAAAAAUGGGUUGCUGGUCAAUAGAGCAUGUGGAACAGUACCUUGGCACUGAUGAAUUACCAAAGAAUGACUUGAUAACCUACCUGCAGAAGAAUGCGGAUUCAGCCUUUCUGCGCCACUGGAAAUUAACCGGCACUAAUAAAAGCAUUAGGAAAAACAGAAAUUGUUCCCAGCUAAUAGCUGCAUACAAGGAUUUUUGUGAGCACGGAUCAAAAUCUAGUUUGAGCCAGGGAACUAUUUCAACACUUCAAAACUCUGACAUUCUCAGUUCAACAAAAGAACAGCCUCAAGCCAAAGCUGGCAGUGGACAGAAUUCCUGUGGGGUAGAAGAUGUUUUACAGUUGCUUCGUAUUUUGUACAUUGUUGCAAGUGACCCUUAUUCAGCUCGAACAUCUCAGGAAGAAGGAGAUGAACAGCUUCAGUUUAAUUUUCCACCAGAUGAAUUCACAAGCAAAAAAAUCACUACAAAAAUUCUUCAGCAGAUUGAGGAGCCAUUGGCACUAGCGAGUGGAGCUUUGCCAGACUGGUGUGAACAGAUAACAAGCAAGUGUCCUUUCUUAAUCCCUUUUGAAACUAGACAACUGUAUUUCACAUGUACAGCAUUUGGGGCAUCAAGAGCAAUAGUGUGGCUACAAAAUCGACGUGAGGCCACUGUUGAGCGAACACGAACUACAAGCACUGUACGAAGAGAUGACCCAGGAGAAUUCAGAGUUGGGCGCCUUAAACAUGAAAGAGUAAAAGUUCCACGUGGUGAAUCUUUGAUGGAGUGGGCAGAAAAUGUUAUGCAGAUUCAUGCUGAUAGAAAGUCUGUCCUAGAGGUGGAGUUUUUGGGAGAAGAAGGAACAGGACUGGGGCCUACCCUAGAAUUUUAUGCACUGGUAGCAGCAGAAUUCCAGAGGACAGAACUAGGAGCAUGGCUUUGUGAUGAUGAUUUUCCUGAUGAUGAGUCACGUCAGGUUGAUAUAGGAGGUGGUUUAAAACCUCCAGGAUACUACGUACAGAGAUCUUGUGGGCUCUUCACAGCACCAUUCCCACAGGAUAGUGAUGAACUCGAAAGAAUAACCAAACUCUUUCACUUUUUGGGGAUUUUCUUAGCCAAAUGCAUCCAAGACAACAGACUAGUAGACUUGCCCAUUUCUAAGCCUUUCUUUAAACUCAUGUGCAUGGGAGACAUUAAAAGCAAUAUGAGUAAAUUGAUUUAUGAAUCACGGGGAGACAGAGACUUGCACUGCACUGAAAGUCAAUCAGAAGCCUCUACAGAAGAGGGACAUGACUCUCUCUCAGUAGGAAGUUUUGAAGAAGAUUCCAAAUCUGAAUUUAUUCUUGACCCACCAAAACCCAAACCACCAGCAUGGUUUAAUGGGAUCUUAACAUGGGAGGACUUCGAACUAGUAAACCCACACAGAGCAAGAUUUUUAAAAGAAAUUAAAGACCUUGCAAUUAAGAGACGCCAGAUACUAAGCAACAAAGGCUUGUCAGAAGAUGAAAAAAACACAAAACUGCAGGAACUAAUGAUGAAGAACCCAUCAGGAUCUGGACCUGCACUUAGCAUAGAAGAUUUAGGCCUUAAUUUCCAGUUUUGCCCUUCAUCCAGAGUAUAUGGGUUUACAGCAGUGGAUCUCAAGCCUGGUGGUGAAGAUGAGCUGGUAACUAUGGAUAAUGCAGAAGAGUAUGUAGAUUUGAUGUUUGACUUCUGCAUGCAUAUUGGGAUACAGAAACAGAUGGAUGCUUUUAGAGAUGGUUUCAACCGAGUCUUUCCAAUGGAAAAGCUGAGUUCCUUCAGUCAUGAAGAAGUUCAGAUGAUACUUUGUGGAAAUCAGUCACCAUCCUGGGCAGCUGAAGAUAUAAUCAACUACACCGAACCUAAACUUGGCUAUACUCGAGACAGCCCAGGGUUUCUGAGAUUUGUAAGAGUUUUGUGUGGCAUGUCUUCGGAUGAAAGAAAAGCAUUCCUGCAGUUCACAACUGGUUGUUCAACACUUCCCCCAGGAGGCCUGGCUAACCUCCAUCCACGCCUCACUGUUGUACGAAAGGUUGAUGCUACGGAUGCAAGCUACCCAUCUGUGAAUACCUGUGUGCAUUACCUUAAGUUGCCUGAAUAUUCAUCUGAAGAGAUUAUGCGAGAGCGUCUGUUAGCUGCUACCAUGGAGAAAGGUUUUCAUCUCAACUGAGAUGUGUGACAUGGGACAUCACAGCCUGGUUUUGCGUUCAUAACUAGUGAAGCCUCUUGUGUUGUAUGUGCAGAAAAUACAAUCUCCACACUGUGCUGUAAUGAGACUUGCCUUUUUCCCCUAUCCAUGAGGCUUUGGAAACACAUGGAAUAAUCUUCUUAGCUGCUAACAACAAAACAGAUCCCAAUGAAUUACACAGCCAGCAAGAAAUAGGCAAGAACAGUGUGGGGAUGCUUCCAAGGGCUUGUGCAACCAGAAGCUGAAGCAAAUGUUUGACUGUUCCAAAGAGCAGAUCUGCAGUUUUUCAGUGUUCACUGAUACAAGAUUUAUAACAACUUAUUUGUGUAAAGUUUAGCGUUUAAUACCCUGUACACUACAGUUGCCAUCACUGAUCCCUGUUUUGCUGGCUUUUAAGCUGACUGGUCAGAAACUUGCUUCCUUAAUUUAGUCAUUGGGCAUCCCAAGCUUUCUUUUCUUCCUAUAAUGGUGCCUGCACUGUUGGAGUAUGCUAGUGUUUUGGGGGGAGGGGAUGUUUGCAUAUAAUCAUGCACAAACUUUUAUUAUUUCAAGUGGGAAUACAUUUUGAUUUCUGAAUGCCCUGCUAUAAAGAUCAAAUCCUUAAGUGUGUGUACGUGUGCGUGUGCGUGCAACUCAACAAUAACGCUUUUAAAAGACACUGGUUCCAGGUGCAAGGCACACUUUAAAGCAAGUUUUACUUUUGGUUAUACUUUCUUUGUAUAUUAAAAACAUUUAUUUAACUUGUUGCAGUUUGAAGUUUAAAAAAGAGUUCUGAUGUGUAUGCUCAACAAUAAUCAUUAAAAAGUUUGCAGCGUA